AUGGGUAUUCACGGUCUCCACAUGUCUUGUUUGGUAUUCUUUCUGUUACUGUUCUUAUUACCACCUCCCAUUUCUAAGGCUAAGAGCCUCCGCUACCGUGGCCCUGGCUGGAAACUCUUCCACCGCCUGAGCAAGGGCUCCAAAAGUUACCAGCAACGCCAGGUUCAACAGAUGAGGCAAAACUGGAGCCAGGGCGAGAGCCCAAUGUCAGAGGACUGCCUGGGUGUUUUCGACCUCUACAUCAUCCUGGACAAGUCAGGCAGUGUGGGCUCAAACUGGAUCCACGUUUAUUCAUUUGCGGAUGAUUUGGUGAAGAAAUUUCAGAACCCUAAAAUGCGGAUUUCCGUCAUUACCUUCUCAACAGAGGCUGAAGUUAUCAUACCACUCACCUCAGACAGAGAAGAAAUCCAAAAGGGCCUUCUCACUCUCCUCGAAGAGGUGCCUGACGGAUUCACACACAUGCAGAAAGGGAUUCAUAAGGCCAUAGAGCAGAUCCAAAAGGCCAACUUGGAAGGCACUAAUGUCAACAGUGUGAUCAUUGCUCUGACUGAUGGGACACUGAUGGAUAAACCAUUUAAGCAGACUGUGGAUGAGGCCCAAAAAGCUCGAGAACUUGGAGCCACCAUUUUCACCGUGGGUGUGCAUGAUUUUGACAAAACACAGAUGGUGGAGAUUGCAGACAGCCCAAGUCACAGUCUCGCGGUUCAAAAAGGGUUCUCUGCUCUGCAGAGCAUCGUUGACACACUUGCUGCCAAGACAUGUAUUGAAGUGUUAUCCGUGCAACCUUCCUAUGUGUGUAUAAAAGGUGCCUACCAAGUAAACAUUAGCGGACGUGGGUUUAGUAAUGCGAAAGACAUGAGCCAAGUUAUUUGCAGAUUCACGUUCAAUGAUUCCAGAAUUGUUGAUGAAGGCCCUACUGAUAUGAAUGACAAAAGUAUAUCCUGUCCUGGACCAAGGAUACAGCGUGCUGGAGAGGAAGUCUCUCUUCAGGUCAGUCUGAACAAUGGCAUCUCCUUCAUUGGGAACAAACUCAUCAUAACCGGUACCAACUGUGGGAGUACCAGGGUAAGAGCCCAGGGGUGGUCCUCUCCAUCCCUGGCUGCCCCUCUGCGGGCUUACUAUCACCUGCAGGGCGUCCUCUCCCACCGUGGUGGGGGAACUGUCUGGCCUGUGGACCCCAGAGCUCAUUCAGGGCCCCUGAGGGGAAAAGAGCUGCUCCUCAAGGAUUGCCUUCCCAACUCCACAUCUGUCUUCCAAGCACCUGAGACCAGUGCCGGGAUUGCAGUAGGCAGCAGCAGUGACAGAAGCAGCAGUAGCAGCAGCGGCAGCAGGGGCAGCAAGAGCAACAGCAGCAGCAACCCUAAACCCAACCAGCUACCGGAAGAAGACCCAGACCCAGAGGACACAACACAAGGCAAAGUCACCACUGCUCCCAACAAAUCACCAGAAAACUACUUUCUCUGGAACUGGAAAUUUCUUGUGUUCUCAUCAGUCAUACUGGUGUCCUUCCUGUUGCUGUGCUGCUGUUGGAUAUGGUGCUGCAUAAAGCGUAAGAAAAAGCCGCCGCCACCAGACCCAGAGAAGGAUCCAGAAGAGAACCAGUCCCCUCCUCCUAUAUCACCACCGGCUCCUCCCAUCCCUCCUUCAUCUCCAUCACCUGUCAACCCAAGCCCUACUGUGAUCGUUGCCUGCUGUGGCUGUGGAGGCAGAGGCAUCCAGGGAAACCUGGGCCCAUGCUGCAGCUGCUUUCACCCAGGUUACCACCAGAUGCCAAUGAUGUGGUGUCAUCCCAAGGUCCAGGGAAGAAGCAACAACUUUACUCUUGUGAAUCCUAGCUGCACACACGCCUCCUGCAGCCCAAAGCUUUGCCUUCCUUCCAAUAGAGACUAUCUCCAUCUCAGGAAACCUUCACACUCCUCAAGGAUUGUUAUUCAACCCAGCAGGGGGUGCUUUCCCAUCUCCCAGGCACCCUGCAGGCCAAAGAUCUGCCUUAAAGCAGGCCGAGAAUGUCUCCCUGUUGCACCAAGCCUGUGCUCAAAAGUGUGCCCACCGAGUCAGAAGUGCUAUACUCUCGACUGUUCACAGUCCUCAUACCCAAACAAGUGUACCCCAUCUCCCUCCAAGAUGCUGCCUCUGCUCCCUCCCCAUGCCCGCCAAUCUGUAGAAACCCUUUGUCAAGCCUACCCUUGUCGUCCAUCCUCUAAAGAACCAAAAUUCUAA